AUUACCUCGGGAACAUACAGUGCCAGUAUAAUAAGAUUGUUAAUUCAAGUUUGUCGGAGCAUGUUGCUGCUUCCUGAUGAGAUGGUGGUUUAUAACAGGUACGUUACGAUGUUGUUCGGUGUGUUUAACACGAAUUCUACCAUGCAUUUUGAAAAUACUCGACUCUGGUUAGUUCAUAGGAUAUAAAUGACAAUAAUCCCCUCUAAUUGAAACAGCUGAUUUGACCAACGCAUCACCGCGGAAGUUUAAAAACAUUCUCAGUCAUUGUCUGUAGUCAUUUGAAAUGUUAUAAUUCUAUGUGCAAUUAUUGAUUUACCUCCUCACAAUGAGGUCAUAAUAGUGACGUGCGAUGGAGGAUUGUUUACUGCACAACAUUGUAUAUAAUACAGAGCCGUCAAUAGCGCAGCUGUCUUUAAGUAGUUCAACGAACGAACAAUGUACAAUAAGAAACUAUUGGACAUGUGUACGAGAACUUCAAAACAGGUUGUCAAUAACCUAAAUAGACUGAGACUGCCACGACACAUCCACACGAACGGUAUUACUAAGCUUUGAUGUACUGGUUCUCGGCCGCAGCUAGUGGGGCAAUUAAGAAGCAAGCGAACGUUCUGUAAGCUGUAGCUUGUUCGUCGGCGGUUCUAACAACAGACGGGCAGCGGUCUCUUCCGUCCAUACAUCAUGAGGUUGCUAACAAUAAAGACCUUAUCCAUCGUGAUGUUGGUGUGGGUCGCCGUGGUGAUGUUGCUGUUGCGGCUUAAUAGGACAGGUGCUACAUCGAGGGCGGAUACGUUGGCGGACACCGAUUUGAAAACAAACAUGGAUCACUCCCUCGUACUCCCCUCUUUCGGCGUCGUAAACGUUAUGGAAGAACACCAUGAAGCUUUGAUGUACUGGUUCUCGGCCGCAGCUAGUGGGGCAAUUAAGAAGCAAGGGAACGUUCUGAUUCACAUAGACGGUCACUCAGACGCCGCCCCACCAGAGUAUUGGAGGAAGAUGCCUCUCUUUCGGUUACCUACCAACCAGAGGGAGGUGAAGCUAAUGAUGGAGAGGAACGACGUCUUUAUUCAGGUCGCUGCUGCCACAGGGUUGAUCAAUCGUUUCAUCUGGGUUUGGCCCCCGUAUGACGCUGGAGGCUUCCUCCACGAAACGAACGCCCCCUACGUGUCUAUUCGACUGAGAAUCGGCGUAAUGUACAGACAUGGGGAGACUGAUGGUGACAGAUACAUACUGGAACGCUGUGUUUGCGCAGAAUCUGACCACUUCACGAUAGACAACCCAUGUACCUGGAUUGAUGCAGAUGUUGAAAAUGAUUCUGAGGAUUAUGUUGUCAUACCUGAGUCUAGAUGUAUGGAUAUGUCGCUAAAGGGCACGUUGGAGUUCGUGAGUACAGACAAGGCUGUAGAGUUGGCAAACUCCGGCAGCUGGAUCACGGCGAGUGACAGCGUCAUCCUGGACAUUGACGAGGACUACUACGCCUGUGAAGCUGUGUCCGCUCCUCUGUACGAUGCCGGGAUGAGUAAGGCUCAAAUCUAUGACAUAUCAUUCAGUGUAGGGAAGCUUAUGUGUGUUGACAAUGCUCACGAUGAAAUGCUGGCUGAUAAAUUCUUUCAUGACAUGUUAAAGAUCACACUCACACAUCUCAAGCUCUGCGGUAGCGGAAGAGCAAAAGAUGACAGAUCAUGUUCUGACUCACUUUCUAAGAGGAAUUCAGUUAUUGAUAAACUCCACAAUGUACUGGAAAAGGCUAGGCAUGUUAUGUGCCUGCCUAACGAAUCUACCUAUUUUAUACUUGGUCGUCUACUCGACGACCUCCUUUACCUUGAUGAGCGUCAGUUGGAGGAACUUAUCACUGUUGGCGUGUGUAUGAACAAGUCCCCAAGGAGUACAGGCUUCAACCGAAAUGAUGGCAUGGUGUUAUGCCACGGUUACAAUGGGCCUAAUACAACGCUCAUCAUAUACCACAGCGUUGACGAGAAGGAGAUUGACAACACCACCAACCAUCUCAAGACUAUCCUCUCACAGUCAUUCACUCCUGGUGUGGUGACUCUCAUCCGUUCUGUACGGGAUGGUUAUACUCCGAGGAAACAUUUCCACAUUAUUGAGCCUAAAAUUCUCAAUGUUUUGAAGACCACGUUCCCAGACCAUAUAAACGACAGUAGCAUACACUAUGACUCGGAGCUGCUGGGAGGAAAAGAUGGGUGGUAUUUGAGAUACAAGAAAAUUAAGUCUUAAUUAUAUGUGUAAGUAAAUAUGCAAAUAGUGCAGGACCUUACCCAUUUAUAUGUAUAUGUCUUUAGUUUUCGUCUUAGAAAAAGAUUUUCCGUCACUGCUCCAAGAAAGUAGGAGCUUCCGGAAACAAUUUCAAAUUAAAUUUCCAGCGAACAUUCGUUUUGUGUAAAACCUGAGGCAACUUUUCUACUAUUUACUGGAACAAUUUAUAUAUUUUUCCCAGUGUCAAUGAAUGUCAAAUGGUCGGUCCCUAAGGCCUGUGGCCUAUGUCAGAUCUAUAAGAGCAGUGUAAAGAACAAUUUCUGAAACAAACAUCAAUCCAGAUCAAAUGUAUGGAUUGAUUUUCGAAGGUGCCUGGAAAAAUAUUUAAUCUGCAAUUGAUUUAAAUAAGCACAUAUAUGUAGGCAGAGACCAUAUACUAGAGGGAAUAUGGUCUUUGAUUUAGGCUACAUAACCAAAUAAAAAAUAUUAAAUUUAGAAAAUAACUGACUGUCGUAUUGUUUUGGUAAACGAAAACCGUGAUUGGAUAAUCAAGAAAAUCAGUAAAUCCUUUGCAAGAAUGUUUAGACGAUGUUGUAUGGGAGAUUUGGAAUGUUGGUCUCAUAACACAUAUUACAAUUGCAUUAUACUAUUAACUAGGUUGAUAAAUCAAUACAAAUUACUGCACAGCAAUCACAUUGGCAGUAUGCAGUAGUGGUAGUACAAAAUUCAAAGGCAGUAUCAAAUACAAUAUUAUCAUCAAUAACAUUGAUCUAUCCACAACAGUGGUCAAGCUUCCACAAUACAUGCAAUACACCAAAACAGCUCAUUUCACACUCAAACAGCUCAUGAAACACACUCAAACUCAUGCAAUACACACAAACAGUUCAUUUCACACUCAAACAACUCAUGGCAUACACUUAAGCAGCUCAGGCUAUACACGCAAACAAAUCAUGUCAUACACUCAAACAGAUGAUGUCAUACACUCAACCACAUCAUGUCAUACACUCAAACAGGUCAUGUCAUGCACUCAAACAGAUCAUGUCAUACACUCAACCACAUCAUGUCAUACACUCAACCACAUCAUGUCAUACACAAUAAAUAAGUCAGGUGUUAUGUUCUGACUGUUGACAUGAUGGCAUGUGUUUUUAAGAAGCUCGUGUAGACAAUGAAACGUAACAGUGGCAUGGUAAAGCUACCGUUACGUGCGAACAUAGCGGGAGUAAACCAAUGAAAUUGGUGACGUCUAGGAUUGCAGAACUUCCGGCUUCCCAUUAAGUUAAAACGUCGUGAAAUAACUGAAAUUGUGUGACUGUCAAACACGACAGAUAAGGCCGUUCUCUUUGUUUACUAAGAAGAUCACUUCAAUAACGGCUUCAGGAAGUUUAUUUCACAAUCAUGCUUAGAAACGAAAACAAGUAAUGCCGCUUAAUUUUAUAUAUUAUUAUUUCGAUUUUUAUAUUUACAUUCGCAUUUGUUCAAUAUCGAACUAUUUUAAGUUCAUAUAUUAAGUCCACUCUUCUGAAUGAUGGGUAAAUACCCAACCAAGCUAACGUGGCAUAUACAUGUAAAUGUAUACAUGUAAACCGAUCGUAAACAUGAGGAAUAAAAAAGUGUCAUUUAUGCACAUUGUGAAAGAGAAACGUGGUUAUAUAUAUAAAACCACGUUAUUCCCGGUGUAAAAUUUAAAAAAUUGCAAACCGGACAGAAUCACAGUGUCAGGGAAGUAGUAUUAAAUUUCUCUUCCAGCAAUUGUAUUCUCUAUUUGUGACGUAAUUGUACAGAUUGAAUAAACACUUGUGUAGGCACAGUGGCUAUGUAAUUACCUCGGGAACAUACAGCGCCAGUAUAAUAAGAUUGUUAAUUCAAGUUUGUCGGAGCAUGUUGCUGCUUCCUGAUGAGAUGGUGGUUUAUAACAGGUACGUUACGAUGUUGUUCGGUGUGUUAAACACGAAUUCUACCAUGCAUUUUGAAAAUACUCGACUCUGGUUAGUCAAUAGGAUAUAAAUGACAAUAAUCCCCUCUAAUUGAAACAGCUGAUUUGACCACCGCAUCACCGCGGAAGUUUUAAAAAAAUUCUCAGUCAUUGUCUGUAGUCAUUUGAAAUUUUAUAAUUCUAUGUGCAAUCAUAGAUUUACCUCCUCACAAUGAGGUCAUAAUAGUGACGUGCGAUGGAGGAUUGUUUACUGCACAACAUUGUAUAUAAUACAGAGCCGUCAAUAGUGCAGCUGUCUUUAAGUAGUUCAACGAACGAACAAUGUACAAUAAGAAACUAUUGGACAUGUGUACGAGAACUUCAAAACAGGAUGUCAAUAACCUAAAUAGACUGAGACUGCCACGACACAUCCACACGAACGGUAUUACUAAGGUGAGUUUAAAUAUAUCAUUAUUAUUAAUGGGACCGUUUUUACCUUAUCUGCAGCAUAUGACUAUUUUAUGGCAUAGAUUUAUAUGAACAUAAUACAUGAAUAAAUCAAAAAUACAACAUUAUCUAUUCACACCAGGCAAAAGAGAUUUGUAUAAACUACAUUGAACAACCUCACAGAAAUAAUGGUGUUACUACUAAGUCUUAAUAUCAUGUAUGUAGCAUUCUCCGAAAUAUGUCACUACUUUAUAAUAUUUGUAGGUUUCUCCGAAAUAUGUAACUACUUUAUGUUAUGUUCAACAUUCUCCGAAAUAUAUAAGUGCUUUAUCUCAUGUGUAUCAUUCCCCGAAAUAUGUAAGUACUUAAUAUUAUGUUUAGCAUUCCCCGAAAUAUAUAAGUACUUUAUCUUAUGUGAAGCAUUCUCUAAAAUAUAUAAGUACUUUAUCUUAAUUAUGUGUAGCAUUCCCCGAAAUAUAUAACUACCUUAUCAUAUUCUCAGCAUUCCCCGAAAUAUAUCAGUACUUUAUCUUAUGUGUAGUAUUCCCCGAAAUAUAUAAGUACUUUAUCUUAAUUAUGUGUAGCAUUCCUCGAAAUAUAUAAGUACUUUAUCUUAUGUGCAGCAUUCCUCGAAAUAUCUAACUACUUUAUCUUAUGCUCAGAUAGCUCUCUGUUUACAUUCCAAGCUACAUCCACUCCUAAACAUAGUCAGAGGAGCAAUGCAUCCAAAUAGGAAUACGGCAAACCCAAGUCAUUAAGAAAUCAGGCUCAAAUAGAUACUGCACUGACAUCAAACUGUCUACGGUCACCAGUAUGUACAUGGAACAUAAGAGGUCUGCGAAGUAAAUGAGAUGAUAUUGGUUUUCUUGACUAUUGCUCCUUUAGGCUUUUACCACAAAAUACUGUAGGCAACAGAAUGGAGAGUAAGCAUAUACCUGUUAUCUUUUAUAAGCUAAUGUAAAGGAUACCGUACCAGUAGAAUGUAUACCAUGUCCUGUCAAGUAUAGAUGGAAUACGUUGCAUGUUGACACGUUUAUAGCCAACAUUUUUGCCCUAAAAGAUUUUGUAACAGACCAUGUUAUUGUUGUCGACAAAGAUGUUAACGAAGUCUUAGAUUAUUUUUUUUGGUCGUAAACUACUUGAAUCAGCAAAAUGUGUGAAAGAGAAAGUUCGUAAUCCCAGAAUGUUUGAUUUUUCAUGAGAGCUAAGAAGGAAGUCAAGAGUAGUUAUCACACUUCAAAAAUUGCAAGAGUUCUAUUUGCAGAAUAUGAUAUUGUAAAUUGAGAAACAAAUACAUGAGCGCCAAGUGAAAAUUAUAGUUAUAUGAAACUAGAACAAAUGCAGCAUCUUUUCGAAAGAGUUAUAUAAGUAUUUCACAUACAAGGAAAAUUUCUAGUAAUAUCAAAGCGAUAUUUUCAGCUAUAUUUUUUAACAGCUUAAAAACUAUUACUUUAGAAAAAGAAACUGAAACUGACAGACCUCUACAGAUCAGUGAGAUUGAAGAGCCUAUAUGAGAAUCUUCCAUAUAUAUAUAACAGUUAAAGAAAGAAAUAACGCUAUUGCUCUCAUAAAAAAAUGGAAUAUCUCCUGGAAUUGAUAAUGUGCUCAUUGAAGUGAUUAAAUCUUCGGAACCAAUUAUAAUGCCCUUCCUACUUUCUUUGUUUAACAAGAUAUUUCACAGUGGAUGUUUUUGGAACUUGUGGACAAUUAUUAUUCCUUUGCAUUAAAAUGCGGUAUAAAUAAUCCCGAAAAUUGCAGAGGAUCAUCUUUACGUCAGUUCGUCAGGAAAAGAAUAUAAUGUAUAAUGAAAUGACAUACUUUUAAAAUGGAUAGGUGUUAUGAGUAAAGUUUCUGAAAAUCAAACAGGUUUUCACGAAGGUUGUUUGACUGUGGAUCAUAUUUUUAACUUAUAUAUGCAAUGAUUGAAAAAUGUCUAUGUAAAAAGAAGAAGAAAUUUAUGCUGCAUUUAUUGAUGUUAACAAAGGCUUUUGAUUUUGCAAUCGAGCACAGCUAUGGAAAUUAUUGUCUUCCUACAUGUAUGGCUAAAAUGGUAAAAUAAAAGUGUAUACCGAUCAGUUAAAGCAUUUGUUGUAUUCAAUACAGAUUUCACGGAUUAUUUUGAUUGUCCAUUUUGUUUAAGACAAGGGUGUAUGCUAAGCCCUAUGUUAUUUUCACUAUUUGCUACACAUGUUGUUGAAAUCGAUAUAUGCAUGAGAAACUUUCCUUAUAUGUAAUAGAGGAUGAAUUUCACGUUGUACUUGAGUCGUUCCGGGUAAUAUCCGCCCAUUUUCGGACGCCAUGUAACACGCAAUCUUUAUGAGUAGGAGGAAACACAAUAUUUGACAUUAGCCAAUGAAAGACGAGAUACUUAUUCAACAUUACCGCUUUGUCAUAAAGCGUCAUCUACAAUAGCUACACAAGGGCAUGUAAUCGAGUUGGUCAUGUAACAAGCAAUGACGCUCCGUUUCUGCUAAAUCCCCUCACCCUGGCGUGUAUUUCCACUCAUACUUGUAAUAAUAAAUUGUGAUUUGACGUCGUCACAUGACAAUCUGCCUAACAAUUAAAAUUUGUUAAUGGUUAUACAUGUACAACA